AUGCCAUCUGAAACCACUCCUCCCACCAUGUCUUCAGCAACAAAAGAGAUCCUCAGCCGCGUCCAGCGGAUGAUUCCGCCCAUGUUGGAGAAGUUCCACAAGGGGCAGCUGGGUCGUGUCGGCGUCCUCGGCGGUAGUGUAGACUACACCGGAGCACCAUAUUUCUCAGCCAUGGCUAGCGCCAGGCUGGGCUGCGAUAUGUCUCAUGUCAUCUGCACCCCCGGUGCUGCGGCCACCAUCAAAACUUACUCCCCAAACCUCAUGGUUCACCCCCUCAUGCGGCAGUCCCCUUCCGAUGAGGCCCCCAGCGGUAGCAAGGACGCCCAUACCGAUGCGGAUCAAAUCUCUAAGCCAAUUGUUGAGAUGCUCUCACGCCUGCAUGUGCUCGUCAUCGGACCCGGGCUUGGUCGGGACCCGCUGAUGCAGGAUACGGUUGCCCUCGUUAUUCGCGCUGCGAGAGAACGGUCGAUCCCGCUGGUUCUUGACGCCGACGCCUUGCAACUCGUGCAGAAGAAGCCUGAGCUGGUGAAAGGUUACACGCUUGCUGUUUUGACACCCAAUGUCGUUGAGUUCUCGAGACUUUGCGAUGCUUUAGGGAUUGAUGAGACUAAGGCGAAGGAGAAGGCCGAAGGGGGCGGGGAUGAGAAGGAGACUGCCAAGGUUGAGGCGCUGGCGAAGGCCUUGGACGGUGUGACAGUUGUACAGAAGGGCGGAAAGGACUUUAUUACAAACGGCGAGGAUACUCUAAUCGUUGAUUUGGAAGGUGGGUUGAAGCGAAGCGGAGGCCAAGGAGAUACACUUACGGGUUCCAUCGCAACUUUCUUGGGAUGGAGAAAGGCGUAUUUGGAUGGUUUGUGGGAUACGGGAGAUCAGUCGCUCGCAGAAGAAGAGCUUGUCAGGCUUGCUGCUUUCGGAGGCAGCGCAAUUACGAGGGAGUGUUCUAGACGUGCGUUCUUGAAGAAGGGACGUAGCUUGCAGGCGAGCGAUCUCACAGAUGAAGUUCAUGGCUCAUUCAUGGCUCUAUUUGGGGAGGUCGAUGGUAACGCCGGAGCUACCAAGCUAUGA